AUGGCACUCAGGGUGAAGACGGAUGUGUGGCUGGCUGGAGGCUGGCAAUGGCUGCACAGGACGAGGGCACUGGGUACCACCGCAGCACCGGCCCCCAAGAUGGUGCUGCCCUUCGAAGCCAUACCUCAGUACAGCACCAACAAGUGGCUGAAGAUGCUGCAGAUCUGGAAGGAUCAGGGCUAUGAGAACCUGCACCUGGAGAUGCACCAGGCCUUCCAGGACCUGGGGCCCAUUUUCAGGUAUAACACGGGAAGAACACAGACAGUGUCUGUGAUGCUGCCAGAGGAUGCUGAGAGGCUGUACCAGGUGGAUAGUGUACAUCCCUGCCGAUUGCCAGUGGAGCCCUGGGUGGUCCACCGGGAGCACCGCAGACUGAAGCUAGGCCUGUUCCUGCUAAACGGGCCUGAAUGGCAUUUCAACCGACUGAGGCUGAACCCAAAGGUGCUGUCACCAAAGGCUGUUGAAAAGUUUGUCCCCAUGGUGGACACAGUGGCAAGGGACUUCUCAGAGGCCCUAAAGAAGAAGGUGCUGCAGAACGCCCGUGGGAGCCUCACCUUGGACAUUCAGCCCAGCAUCUUCAACUAUACCAUAGAAGCCAGCAACUUUGCUCUUUUUGGAGAGCGGCUGGGCCUCCUUGGCCAUGACAUAAGUCCUGGUAGCCUGAAGUUCAUCCAUGCCUUGAAGUCCAUGUUCAAGUCCACCUCACAGCUCAUGUUCCUGCCCAGGAGUCUGACCAGCUGGACAAGCACCCAAGUGUGGAAGGAGCACUUUGAGGCCUGGGAUGACAUUACUGAGUAUGUCUCAAAACACAUGGAAAGCGUGUAUCGAGAUAUGGCACAGGGCCACACACGGCAGAACUGCAGUAUCCUGUCUGAGCUGCUGUCAGAGGGUGCCCUGCCACUGGAAUCCAUCAAGGCCAACUCUUUGGAACUCACUGUUGGGAGUAUAGACACGACAGCUAUGCCCUUGCUAAUGACCCUCUUUGAGCUGGCUCGGAACCCGGACGUGCAGCGGGCCCUGCGGCAGGAGAGCCUGGCAGCUGAGGCCAGCAUCUCUGCGAAUCCUCGGAGGGUCAUCUCGGACUUGCCCCUGCUGCGGGGUGCCCUCAAAGAGACUUUGAGGCUCUAUCCCGUGGGAAGCACUGUAGAGAGAGUUCUAAGCUCAGACUUGGUGCUCCAGAACUACCACAUCCCUGCCGGGACAUUGGUCCUGUUUAAUCUGUACUCGAUGGGCCGAAACCCUGCAGUGUUCCCGAGGCCCGAGCGCUACAGCCCCCAGCGCUGGCUGGACAGGAGGAGAUCUUUCCAGCACCUGGCCUUUGGCUUUGGGGUGCGGCAGUGCCUGGGGCGGCGCCUGGCAGAGGUGGAGAUGCUGCUUCUGCUGCACCACGUGCUGAGAUCCUUCCAGGUGGAGACACUGAGGCAAGAGGACGUGCGGAUGGUCUACCGCUUUGUUUUGUUGCCCAGCUCUUAUCCCCUCCUCACUUUCCGGCCUAGGGGCACCUUCAGGGCUGGGGUGCCCUUUGGGGAGGGUCGGGGCCCAUGUCUGAUCCUUGCUCCACUGCUGCUGCAGACAGCUAUGCCCUCGCUAACGACCCUCUUUGAGCUGGCUCGGAACCCGGAUGUGCAGCGGGCCCUGUGGCAGGAGAGCCUGGCAGCUGAGGCCAGCAUCUCUACGAAUCCUCGGAGGGUCAUCUCGGACUUGCCCCUGCUGCGGGGUGCCCUCAAAGAGACUUUGAGGCUCUAUCCCGUGGGAAGCACUGUAGAGAGAGUUCUAAGCUCAGACUUGGUGCUCCAGAACUACCACAUCCCUGCCGGGACAUUGGUCCUGUUUAAUCUGUACUCGAUGGGCCGAAACCCUGCAGUGUUCCCAAGGCCCGAGCGCUACAGCCCCCAGCGCUGGCUGGACAGGAGGAGAUCUUUCCAGCACCUGGCCUUUGGCUUUGGGGUGCGGCAGUGCCUGGGGCGGCGCCUGGCAGAGGUGGAGAUGCUGCUUCUGCUGCACCACAGCAUGCUGGUGUUUGCAGAGCACCACGGGAGGGUCCUCCCUGCAGCAUGGUGGCAGCAUGCAGCCCCUGCUCAGGAGCUGGGCCAGCGCCCUGCCCUGCUGAGGAUGCCAGAUGGAGCCCUGCUUCUGUUCCAGGUGCUGAGAUCCUUCCAGGUGGAGACACUGAGGCAAGAGGACGUGCGGAUGGUCUACCGCUUCGUUUUGGUGCCCAGCUCUUGUCCCCUCCUCUUGUCCACUCUCCGGCCUGUUGGCUAG